AAUCACGCCGGCUCCGCAGACGAAGCAAUUAGGCCAGUAAUCCCAGUAUCGGGGUCCAAUCGUGAACCCCGUCUCUCGCACUCUAGCAAUGUUGGCAGCGAUUCUUUGAUCGGAGCCCAACUAGGACCACUUAUGCGGAGUACUUACAGCUCCAGUCAGGAUGAUGCAAUGACAAAUUCCGGUCGAAGCCAAAGUCCACCGAGAGACAGCGAAAGACAAGAGGGACAACACGGAGGUCGGAGAGGGUAUAAAUACCUGUGCCAUUCCUCCCAAAGGUCCUCAUUAUUGUCAUCAUCCAUUAUCAGUCUAUAGUCCAAUUAUAUUCUGCCUCUCGUCCAAAAUGCCUAUUUCCGGUCACUGUCUCUGCAAAGCUGUCACCUACACGGUCGACAUCGCGCAGCCGCUCGCUACGGCUUAUGACCACUGCGAUGACUGCCAGCGUCAGAGUGGCUCGACUUACUCCCUCGUCGCCAUCGUCCCCAAGGACCUUCUGCAGCUGAACGGUCCUACCAAGACCUACACCAGCAAUGGCUCUUCCGGCCAGCCCGUCCACCGUGUCUUCUGCGGCGAGUGCGGUUCUCCCAUCGCCCAUGACCCCGAGGCUGCGCCCCCGAUUGUCGCCCUCAAGGCCGGUACUUUUGACACCGAGAUCAAGAAGACCUUGGUGCCGGACACCGAGAUCUGGACCGCCAGCAAGUUGCCGUUCUGCUCGGAGCACUUGGCCAACCCGUUCGAGCAUAUGCCUCAGUAAAUGGGAUAGCAUAGAUUGAUGUCGGGUGAUGAGUGAUGUAUCGUAUGAAUAAUAAUGAACAUUAUCGGACUCGCGGACGAAUGCGCAGUACCAAAUCCCCAUCCGACACAAUACCAUUCUCGCGUCCGACCUAAAGAAAACGACCGGUCUUCGAGUCCACGAUCCCGGAUUACAGAAUACUACC